AUUUCCACUUGGUUUGUUGAAGUCGAACGCUCUACGUUUCUACGUACUCUCUCUUCUUGUCUGCCAAUUGUAAACCGGGCUGUGAAUUUGAUUCUUUUUCUAGGGUUUUGAUUCAGUUUCACUUAACACUCUGACUCUGAAGUCUGAACAAUCCUAACACAGAACACACAGAGGCUUUCAUGAAAUUACUACAGCUUUGACCCAUUAAUUAACCUAUACCUAUUGGUCAGAAGAGACACAAGGAAAUAUUAAAUACAUAAAAAUACAACCAACAUUUUUUUUCCUGGAAUAGGAGAAAAAGCAACUCUCAGGAUAUGGGAUGCAUUGUAUCAACACCAAAGGAUUCUGGUGGAAACAGGAGGAAGCCAGGAAAUAUUGGGGCAGUUUCUGUUUAUGUACCGGGUUUACGAAUUCCCAAACCUGUCGAUUUUUCCCAGUCACUAGGUGAUCAGUUGCCAAAGACUUUAGUUGAACGCCUGAAUGCUUUGAGAACUCGUAUAGUUGUUAUGGCAGGGCAAGAAGCACCCACUAUUACAAGAACAAGGAGAAGAAGUGCUACGCAACAUGGAGGUUCCACAUUGGCUGAUCUUCAUCAGGCUCUUGAAGAUUACUUGCCUGUUCUUUUGGGAUUAGUUAAAGAUGGGAGUCAUCUGCAAUACAAAGUGCAGUUUGUUUGGGUAAACCAGGAGGAUGAGGCAGAGGAAACCACCAUGUAUAAUGCUUGGUAUGAGGUUUUAUCUGUUUUGCAUUUGAUGGCGAUGUUAUCAUUAUCACAAGCAAAUUUAUUGCUUCUUCCUAUGACUUCUACUGACGGUUAUCAACCAAAAGUAUCAGAAGGCAACAGGCGAGCCUCUAUUGAUAUUUUCUUGAAGGCAGCGGGAUAUUUGGACUGUGCUGUCCGACAGGUUCUCCUCCAGUUGCCUGCUGAACUCAGGAGAAAUUUACCAGUAGACCUAGCUGAAGGGGUUCUUCGAGCACUUUGCUUACAGGCACUAGGGCAGGGUGUUGAUAUCCAAUUGGGAAUAGCAAUUGAGAGUACAAAAGCUACUCUUGCUGUUAAGAGAAGGCUUGCAUGUGAAAUGGUAAAGUCCUGGCAGCAGGCACAAGAUAACAUAAUGAAUCUUCCAUUAGCAAAUGGCUGGGGUGAAAAGCAUCAUCUCUUUGUAAAGUGGAAAUAUGUUGAAGCAAAGGCAGCAGCAUAUUAUUACCACGGUUUGAUCAUGGAUGAAGGAAACACAGAGAAAUCCCAUGGUAUGGCUGUAGCUGCUCUACAAGCUGCAGAUGAAUAUUUCAAAGAAAGUAAAAACGCAUGUGAGGCUUUUAAUGCUGCCCAUCCUUUUUCAAGAAAUCCAACACUAUGGGGGACGAUGAAAUAUCUCUCCGAAAAAAUUCCCAAAGAUACGUCUAGCAAGGUGCGGAUAAACCGUGAUCUGUACUCCCAUGAAAAAAUAAUGGAGACAGCCCCAACACUCCCUGAUUUUGCCCUGGCACUGAAACCUGAUGAAUAUCAACUACCUACAGUGGAUCCAUCAUGGAGUGAGAACAUAAAUCAGGGUCAGAAUGACUGGAACCAGGUCGAAAGGGAUAAAAGAUAGGCCCUAGUAACUAUUUCAAGAUGAAAGUAUGCGAGGACCAACCUCAAAUACAGAUGGCCAUUGAAAAUUAGAUGGACUUCCCCAAUUGUUGAGGUUACCAAAGGUCCAUAGUGAGUGGUUUACUUCUUGCAAUCUCCUUCCAUGUUGAUAGAGCAAAGUCCUAGCUCAUGCUGUGUGUAAAACUGUAAAUUAACUUCUCUUCUUUGCCCAUCUCCCAUUUCCUAAUAUUGUGUAUGCCCCAUUUCUUCACUGAGUCCGUUUUUACUUAUACCGUACACCUCUCCAUAAUUUCCAGAGUCAUUAAUGAGAUCA